AACGCCACCCUCCACUUCAUCACAUCUCCUCUUUCUCUUCUUUUCAUCUCUUUCCUUCUCCCUCUCUCCGUCAUUUCUUCUGCUUCUCAAUCUGGCAUCUAUUCCUCUAGAUUUUGUGAAGACAUAGAGAUGGAUCGUUGUAGAAGUGAAACUCGGAUGAGUUCGGAAUCUUCUGGCUCAGCCUGUGGCGGGUCAGGCGAGUUCAAUCAAGCUCAACAGGAUUUUUCAACGAAAGAUUCUAUGUCUAUAGAAUGGACAAAUGAGAAACAUAGUCUUUACCUUAAAUCCAUGGAAGCAUCAUUUGUUAAUCAAUUAUAUAGUUCCAUGGAUCUUCUUGGCUGCCAAGUCCAAGAGGAGAUGUCAGAUCCUAAAUUGUCACAGCAGGUACAUUGUAACACUGCUCCAUCUGGCCAGUUCAAGGUUCUUCGAGGGGGUUGCUGGAAGAAAAUCAAUUUUCAAAAGUCUGAUUCACAUGCAAAAAUAGCAAAUGAACCCCGCGGCCUUCUGAUAAAUCCAUGGAUCCAGCACUAUAGGUCUGCAAGAAAACCCCAUGUCCCUCUCCAUGAAAGUGCUGCAUCGCAAAGUCAAGCAACCAACUUAAGCAGGAAGAAGGCAGCGGCAAGUGGAACAGCAACUCGUUUGAAACAUUCUUAUCUUUGUAGAUGCUAUUCAUGUAGUCAAGGCCUUGACAGCAACAAAGAGGUGUCAGAUCAGAAUUUUGUGGAUGAAGAUGUUAAAAGUGAAAAGACAAGCAGCACAUGCGGCUCAAAAAGAACUAAAAUUCAGACAGAUGGUGCUUCGAGUUAUGAUCAGCAAUAGAAACAAAAGCAAGAGAAGGUUGCAGGAGCCGUGGGCAUAAUUCAAUGAUAAUUGCAUAUACGUUCAAUCUAAGAGACCCGAGUUCGACUCUCCAAGUAUGUAAUCAAAAAGAGCUAUAGAAGCUUCUCUGAACAAUCAUCCAAGCAUAUAAUUCACUUUGCUUGUUCGCAUUUAAGACUCUUCCAGAAAGAAGUUGAAUCCAAGCGCGGCAUAGAAAUACUUGCCAUCGUUCAUUGGGGUUUUGACUGUAUGGCUUUUUCUAAUGGGGAUUUACAAUUUGGUCCGUAA